CGCUAUCUCCGCACAGAGGCCCGAGACAGGACGACUCGCUUUAUUCUUUCCCAGCUCCCUCUCGAUACCACAUUUUUCUCAUGUGAUUUCACCCCGCAAUACCGAGAUUAAUCAUUGAUAAAAUUGAGGGGAUUCAGACUAUUGGGCGUUUCUCCUUUGCGAAGAUGGCUUCUGCGUCUGCUCGCUGUCCGCUUGGCGGCUGCGGAAUGGAUCAUGAGGAACCGAAUUUCCCGAAGCUGAGACUUCACUUCUUCGAUGUCCCCCAAUGCUUAAGAAGAGAUUGCUUCAAAUUCGUUUUAAACAAAAGUCUUGUGCCUAUUCAUUCGUCGAAGGUUUUGGUUAAGCCAGUAUCUGCAUUACCUGAUGUUGGUGAUUUUUUCUGGGAGAAGGCCCCAACGCCAUUACUAGACACGAUUGAUACACCAAGUCAUUUGAAAAAACUGUCUCAUAAGGAGCUAAAAAAAUUAGCCGAUGAAGUUCGGUCAGAGAUUUCAUUCAUGAUGUCAAAAUCACGUAGGAAUUUUCAAGCUAGUCUUGCUGCAGUGGAGCUGACGAUUGCUAUACAUUAUGUUUUCAAUGCCCCAAUGGAUAACAUAUUGUGGGAUGUUGGAGAACAGACAUAUGCACAUAAGAUUCUCACUGGAAGACGCUCCCUCUUUCAUACACUUAAGCAAAAAAAUGGUCUUUCAGGUUUCACAUCUCGUCUUGAGAGUAAGUAUGAUGCAUUUGGUGCUGGACAUGGAUGUAAUAGUGUUUCUGCCGGCCUUGGCAUGGCAGUUGCAAGGGAUUUAAAUGGAAAGAAGAAUCGUAUUGUAACAGUUAUAAGUAAUUGGUCAACAAUGGCUGGUCAGGUGUAUGAGGCAAUGAGCAAUGCUGGUUAUCUUGAUUCUAAUAUGGUAGUAAUUUUAAACGAUAGCCGGCACUCGCUGCUUCCUAAGCCAGAUGAAGGACCAAAAAUGGCUAUCAAUGUCCUCUCCAGUACUCUAAGCAAGCUUCAAUCCAGUAAAUCAUUUCGGAGAUUCAGAGAAGCUGCUAAGGGUGUCACAAAAAGGAUUGGGAAAGGUAUGCAUGAAAUUGCUGCCAAAGUCGAUGAGUAUGCUCGUGGUAUGAUGGGUCCACUCGGAGCAACUCUCUUUGAAGAACUUGGAUUGUAUUACAUUGGGCCAGUAGAUGGACACAACAUUGAUGAUCUGAUUUGUGUACUUAAUGAGGUCGCCACGUUGGAUUCUACUGGACCAGUGCUGAUACAUGUUAUAACAGAAGAGAAUAAGGGGCCACAAGAUAACUCUAGAACUAAGACAACCCCCAAAGUACAUGGUCCUAGAUUUUUGGAUGGCAACCUCUCAAGGACAUACAAUGACUGCCUUGUUGAAGCUUUAGUAUCAGAAGCGGAGAGGGACGAACGGAUUGUGGUGGUUCAUGCGGGCAUGAAUGUUGAUCCAUCACUUCAACUAUUUCAGUCCAGAUUCCCUGACAGGUUUUUUGAUGUUGGCAUGGCCGAGCAACAUGCUGUCACUUUUGCUGCAGGUUUAGCUUGUGGAAAUUUAAAGCCAUUCUGCAUAAUUCCAUCUACUUUUCUUCAAAGAGCAUAUGAUCAGAUCAUCCAAGAUGUGGAUUUGCAGCGGUUGCCUGUUCGAUUUGCAAUUACAAGCGCCGGGCUUGUGGGCUCUAAUGGCCCCACCCAGUGUGGAGCUUUUGAUGUAACAUUCAUGUCAUGCUUACCAAACAUGAUUGUGAUGGCACCAUCAGACGAAGACGAGCUUAUUGACAUGGUGGCCACUGCAGCAUCCAUUGAUGAUGGGCCAGUUUGCUUCCGGUAUCCACGGGGUGCAGUUGUUGGUUUAAAUGGCCUUUUAAAUUGUGGGACUCCCCUCGAGAUUGGGAAGGGGGAAGUUCUCGUUGAGGGAAAAGAUAUAGCUUUACUAGGCUAUGGUGUGAUGGUUCAGAAUUGCUUAAAGGCUCAAUCUCUUCUUGCCUCUCUUGGCAUCCAAGUGACUGUUGCUAAUGCGAGGUUCUGCAAGCCACUUGACCUCGAUCUUGUGCGACAGCUAUGUAGGGAACAUGAUUUUCUUAUCACUGUUGAGGAAGGAACUAUUGGCGGGUUUGGCUCCCAUGUCUCACAGUUCAUUGCACUCGAUGGUUUACUUGAUAGAAGUGUUAAGUGGCGGCCCAUCGUACUACCAGACAAGUAUAUAGAGCACGCAACCCCAAGGGAACAGCUUGAAAUGGCCGGUCUGAGUGGUCAUCAUAUCGCAGCCACAGCACUGAGCCUACUGGGACGAAAUCGUGAUGCCCUUCUGCUGAUGAGAUGAAAGUUCAAUUGUGAUUUCCUCAAAUAGAUAGAUUGGAGAAUGGCAUACCUGUAGGAAGAGCUAACAUAUUUACUGGUGAAUAAACUAGAAGACAUUAAAACCUACCACCAUUAGGGCUCACUCUACCUUCAUAGCUGAUGUUUUAUCAGUAAUCGCCGAAUGGGUUUGCUUCAAGAAAUUCAUGUUCCAUAUGCAGAACUAGGAUCACUAACUAGGGUGAAGGGAAGACCGAGAAAUUUGUCAUUUUUGUUUUCAUUUUGUUCUUUGUAGGUGAUCUGUAUAUGCUUUUCUAGUUGAUCAUGUUCAAAGGCAUUUGUUCUGUGAUAAUGUGUCAUGAACUUGUUAAAUCUGUAUCGGAUUUGUCAUGAAUGAUAUUUGAUGAUGUCGAUUGCGUUCAUCGCUUAUUUAAA